AUGACCGACUUCACCUACAACUUCUUGCAACUGCCGGCCCUGGUUUACGAAGGCGACGCCCACAGCUACCUCGGCCUCACGAAAAUCGACGUCUCCGGCAACCCGCUGAAGCACAGCUACGGCCGAAUCAUCCACAGCGAUCCGGUGCAACUCUGGUCAACCCCUAAUGAGAAAGCCGACUUCGAAACCACCCUGAAAUUCAUCCCGAGCAGCAGCAACUACAGCCCGGCGGACGGCCUCGUCUUCUUCAUGGUCCCCGUCGGCCACAACUUCCCGAGCGACCCCGAUGGCGGAAACCUUGGAAUCUACCCGGGUCCCCACUGCCCCAAAGUGUUUGCCGUGGAGUUCGACAUCUUCCCCAACAAUGAGUGGGACCCGCCUUACCCACACGUCGGGAUCAACAUUGAAACUAGGGCUUCCCAAUAUAACGUUCGGAUUCCGGAGCCGUUCAUGGGGAAUGAGGUGACCUUGAGGAUCAACUACGUCGCCAGCGAAGGACGCAUCAACGUCAAUGUCUCCAACGGCACAGAAAGCAAAGAGUUCCACAACAUCAAGCCCUUGGACUUGAGCUCUUUUCUUCCUGAGAAGGUUCAAGUCGGGCUCGCCGGCUCCACCGGCGAUUUGGUCGCCAAACACGACGUCAGUUUGUGGGGUUUCAGCUCCAAUCUCGUUAAGAAUGGAGCAUAG